AUGGAAAUUAACUAUGAAAAUGCUGAUUAUUACGGGCAGGUUUUGGCCACCUCAGAAACCCCAACUCGCAGCGGCAAGGGUGUCCUUAAAUACCACAGUGGUAGGGUCUACCAAGGUUACUGGGCUAAUGAUCAGAGAGAAGGUGAGGGGUACGAAAAAUUUGAGAAUGGAAAUAUUUAUAAAGGAAAUUUCCAAGAAGGCAGAGCCCAUGGAAAAGGUGUAUACACUUGGGUCUCAGGCGAGUGCUACGAAGGAGAAUGGGUCAAAGGACAUAAGCAUGGCAAAGGCAUCUGGAAAGGCCAUGAUGGCGAAUACUUCAUGGGUGACUGGAAACGCUCCAAACCUCAUGGAUAUGGUAUGCACAUUUGGAAAAAUGGAGACCGAUAUGAAGGUGAAUGGCAAAAAGGUCUUAAAUCAGGCAGUGGAACUGAUAUUUUCAAGAAUGGAGAUGUCUAUGUUGGAGAAUAUCAUGAAGGCAAGUUCAAUGGGAAAGGAAAAUUUGUAUGGAGUCAAGGUAUGGCUUAUGAAGGAGAGUUCAAGGAUGGCAUGAGGCAUGGUCAAGGUAUUUGGAGAGAGUCAAAUUCUCCAAAUGCAACUUCCUAUGAAGGCAGUUAUUUUAAUGAUAAGAAGCAUGGAGAGGGUGUAUAUAAAUGGAGAAGUGGUAGUCAUUACAAAGGAAAUUUCUAUAAUGAUCAAAGAGACGGGUAUGGAGAGAUGUACUGGAUCGAUGGAAGUUCGUAUAAGGGCCAAUGGGAAAAAGGAGCCCAAAGAGGCGAAGGAUUAAUGGCUUAUUCAGAUAAAGAAGUAAAAAUAGUUGAAACUAAUUCCUCAAGAAACCCAUCUAUUGCAAAUAAUGAGCUAUAUAAUUCCAAUAGUUUAAGCCAAUCAGAGAACAAGGCACCUCCAAAUCACAACCUCCUUUCUGAGGGAUCACUUUAUAACCAAAGUGAUCAUAAUCAAGAACAUUCAUUAGCAUAUAGUGACCAAAAGAACAGCAUGAAGAUGAAACUUAUCAACCAAAAUAAACAAGCUUUUAACACAAGCAACGGAAGAUUUAGAAUUGAUCAAAUUGAUGAAAAGAUUAGAGAAACAAAAUCAAUAAAUUAUCGGAAUUUUAUCCAAAUUCAAGAGGGAAAUCACAAGAGAAUCCUUUCCAAGCAAUUUCCUAGAAUUCCUCCAAUGAGCCAGGUGACUUCUAAUAUCGAUUAUGAAUCAGUUGCUGGAAGCAUGAUGCCUCGAAGGAAUAUGAAUGUGAAUAAAAUACUUGCUUCGACCAGCCACUACACAACUCCUGGUGGAAAUAGGUCAUUUGAUAUUUCUCAACAACAAAGAAUCAACACUGGUAAUAAAAGUUUUGGAAGUUUGAACCAAAAGAGGGUACUAAAGAAUCUGAAAUACCGCGAUCUCACUACAGAGCCAAAGGCAGUGAUAAAGAUCCUGCGAAAGAGUAGGAAGAAAAAGAACAAGGGAGGACAUAAUUUCAAGAUUAGGUCAAAUUCUCAUGUUGCGAGAUCUGUAUUCAGCAAUUAUACAAGGGAAACUAAGAACGCAUACCUUGGAUUGUCUAAUAAUACUAAGAAGAAACAGAUCUCAGAACUGUACAUUAAGAGGAAGUUGUCCCACCGGAAUCCAUGGAGACCCAGUGGUCUGAGAGAUGCUUUGUUCAAUAAGCCUAAGUAA